AUGCCGAGCGUUGACAUUUUUGGUGCCUGUGGGAAACGGAGCCUGAACAAACCGGAGGCACAUCGUAUGAUACGAGAACACUACAAAUUUUAUUUGGCAUUCGAAAACAGUAAUUGCCAUCAGUACAUCACCGAGAAGUUCUGGAUAAAUGCUUUGAGAAAUGAUGCCAUUCCGAUUGUCAUGGGUGCGCCAAAAAACGACUACCUAAGUGUCGCACCACCUAAUUCGUUCAUUCAUGUGGACGAUUACACUCCGGAGCAACUGUCUCGGUAG